AUUUGCCAACCGCCAACAACUGGUCUGGAAGAAAAUGUAGAAGAAGAAGAAGAAGAAGAAGAAGAAGAAGAAGACGCAGCGCACUGUAGCGAACAUGGCAGACAUCCCCGAUAAUGCACCUGAGCGUGAGUUUUUCAACCUUUUUAAUGAAAUAGUUCAGGAAUUUUAAAAUCAUUGCAAUUUCCCCCUUUCAGCCGCUCAGUAAGGCGUUUUGAAAAACGUUUCUCUGUUAAGAACGUCUCUGUUCACAGCUCUGCUGUGUUAACUUUGAUAUUUAUGCUACCUUUUAGCAUUUUCAUCCCGUUUCUUUAACCUUGUUAGUUUAAAUAUUAAACAGUAGCUUUCUUUAACACUGCAGAGGUCUCUCAGAAGAAACCAGACCCUAUCUGUACUAUCAAACUGAACUGACGCAAUUGUUAAAUGUUUCUUUCGGCUGCUCACUGUAACGAUGGGAGUAAAUACAACCUGCUACAUUUUGGUUAAACAGAUAUAAUGGAAAUAAAAAGUUAAUAUAGUCUACAGAAUUUAUAUAUUCAGUGAACUGACUCUCUUCUUACUGAAAAUGUGCUGAAUCAUGCCUUACACUCACGUGAUGCUCGGAUACAGUGGGGUGCCAAACAGUGUUCUCGUUUUAUUCCGUCCUAUUCCAACACUGGGAUUGAGUCUCGUUAACAAUAAAAUUGUACAAAUAAAAUACGAUAUUAUAGAUUACUUUAAUUUCAGGAACUAUACCAGGGUUUUUCCUGGCUCAAAUUGAGGCAGAGGUGGCACCAUCCUGACCAUGCGCCAUGACGUGCAUAUAUUUGUAAAUUCAACUGUCUCACUUUCUUUUACAGGCAACAUACUUUAAGUUAAGAGUUCAAAAAAGAGUGUGACCAUUAUCAUGUUAAAGCAUUCAUUUAUUAAAACUAUAUACAUACACAAAUCAGCUGGCAACUUUAAAUUGAAAGUACACUUCAUCCACACAUCUCGCAACCAGACAGAACAUUUCAGCCUCCUCUUUUUCAUUCUGUAGAACCUCCUCAUGCACUCCUUGUAGUCCAAGGCCUCCUGGUCUGGUCCAUCAACAGCCACCUUACAACAGACAUCCAAGUGCCUCUCCUUCAGUCUGUUCCACAGAGGUGUCUUCACCUUAAACAAAACAAUUCAUCAUGCAUUAAGUAUUUUUGUUUUUAUUCUGAUACAGACAUGAAGAGUGAUAGUGUUUUCAAUCAUAUAUUAUAUAUAUGUAUACGCUGCAGUGUCCUCCCUAAAAAAAAAAAAACGACAACUAAUUAUUUCUUAAACUAUCUAAACUAUGUUCUUUUAGUUUUAUUUAUUUUUUAUUAAUUAUUAGUUAUUAUUUAUUAGUUGAGUGUUUUUAGGUACUACCAUCUUUAAUAUAUUUCUCCUUCUCUUCUGCUGCUUUGUGAACGGCUAUCACCUCAUGUCUUUUUAAUGUGUCCAGCCUGUAGUUGGUUGAUGGCUGUCUCACUAAGGAGGCAGCAAUUGCCUGCUGUGUUGGGGCACAGUGCUUUUGGCAUAAAUAGCAGUGCAUGCCUUCCUCAGUAUGCCUGAGCCAGGUAAAUUGAUUGAGCCACUGCUUGUCAAAGCCACUGGCUCUGUGUUUUUGAGAAAAUCUGGAAAGAGGAAUAAAAACCACGUACACGUUGGCUUUGCGUUGUUAUGCUCCUAAUUGGAAACUAAUUAAUUAAUUACCCUCGCCUCGCCGACUCGUCCUGUCCUGCAUUCUGACCCUCGCGAUCACCAGUCCCUUGUGAAGUACUUUCAGACCUGACACAAAUUUCCACGUUGUCACCACUAUGAAUUAUAGCAUUUUAACUGCCUAUUACGUUUUUUCUCUGCUGUGUUUCACCUGGACUCUUGACUUUCCUCCUCGCGAGGUCGCUUUUUAAAGUACUGGCUGAUUUUGCCUGUCAUAUCUGCAACGCUAAAAAACGGAGGAAACUUUUUUUUAAAUAAACACGUCAUGCUUGGAUGCAAAAAAGACAAGCAGUAUUUACCUGUUUGUACCAUCCGCCAGGGAAAAUCAGGACGCCGAUAGCACCAACUAGCGGGAAAAAAACUUGAAAAAAUUCGAUCCGUUUCUUCUUCGGUAGAGGCUUCAGGUCUUUCCGGUGCACUGCUGUUGAUAUAGCGCCUCUAUAGUGGCGCAACGCUGCAACUGCAGUUAAAAUACGUUGCUGCAGCAGAGGGACAUCAUACACUCAAUCAACACAGCUGGAGCUUUACGCUGUGUUGAGCGAAAUCAAUCGCUCUGGCCGGGGGCGGCACAAAAUUAGGUGGAGGCGGCCGCCACGCAAUUUUGAACGCAGGAAAAACCCUGUAUACAGAGAAACCCGCAGUUAACAUUGACCAAUGAGGUCCUUAUCAGUUUUACUAUUAAAGAGAAAUUUUGUCUUUCUCCCAAAGAUGUACAAGGAUAUUAUGCCAAUAAGGUCGACCAGGACUCCGAAAUUUUUCCGUCGUCAAAAUUGUUUGUCCGCCCUUUGGAGCAUUUAAGAUUAAAAUUUCUAGGUGACAAUAUGAAUAUCACAUUUCCGAUAACACGUGAAUGCAGCAGUUGUGGCGCAGUUAUUAGUUUACCUGUACCCCUCUCCCCAAAAUCAGAUAGGAAAAAAAGUUAUUGUCAUAUAUCUGUUCACUGAUAUCAUACAGUUCUGUUAAAAAAACUGCAGUGAGAAUAAAAGAUAACAUACUGCUCCGUUACACAGAGCAACACACAUAACAUGAGGGUACUCUCCACGUCUGAUUCACAAGCUAACCCCUCAACAUCAAGCUGCCUGAAAUCUCAAAUCUAUCAUAUUUUAGGCUUUUAAAAUAGUCUUCCUAAUAUAUUUCUCUUGUUAUUAGUUUAUACUUUUAGGGAAAUACUCAAACCCAUCAGCCUUUUUUUCUUGUAAUGUAUUUUAGCUUUAAAUUGAAAUAUUGCUAUGACUGUGUGAAGCAGUAUUUCUCAAGUCUACAGAGUUUAUUUAUUCACAAACUAUAUAACUCUUUUCUUUAAAUACUUUGAAAAGUACCACAGAAAUCAAGUGUGCUAUUAUUUAUUAGCAUUAUGAUGUAAGAAAAUGACAGCAAGAUGAAUAUUUUCACAACUUUUUCCACCUUUAAUGUGACCUAUAACCUGUACAAUGCAGUUGAAAAACAAACUGAAACCUUUAAGGGGAAAAAUAAAAAGUAGAAAAGUUAAAAUAACCUGGUUGCAUAAAUAUGCACACCCUUAAACUAAUACUUUGUUGCAGCACCUUUGGCUUUUUAUUACAGCACUCAGUCUUUUUGGGUAGGAGUCUAUCAGCGUGGCACAUCUUGAUGUGGCAAUAUUUGCUCACUAUUCUUUGCAAAAUGCUCCAAGUCUGACAGAUUGCGAGGGCAUCUCCUGUGCACAGCCCUCUUCAGAUCACCCCACAAAUGUUCAAUGGGAUUCAGGUCUGGCCUCUAGCUGAGCCAUUCCAAAGUCCCAAUCUUAUUCCGGUGAAGACAUUCUUUUGUUGAUUUAGAUGUGUGAUUUGGGUCAUUGUCGUGCUGAAAGAUGAAGUUCCUCUUCAUCUUCAGUUUUCUAGCAGAAGGCCGAAGGUUUUGUGCCAGCACUGACUGGUAUUUGGAACUGUUCAUAAUUCCCUCCACACUGAGUAAGGCACCAGUUCCAGCUGAAGAAAAACAGCCCCAAAGCAUGAUGCUGCCACGACCAUGCUUCACUGUGGGUCUGGUGUUCUUUUGGUGAUGAGCAGUGUUGAUUUUGCGCCAAAUAGACCUUUUGCAGUGGGGCCUUUAAAGUUCAACUUUGGUUUCAUCAGACCAUGAGACAUUUUCCCACAUGCGUUUGGGAGAUUUCAGAUGUCUUUUUGCAAAAAUCAAGCCGGGCUUUGAUGUUUUUCUUUGCAAGAUAAGGCUUCUGUCUUGCUACCCUUCCCCAUAGCCCAGACAUAUGAAGACAGUGGGAGAUUGUUGUCACAUGUUCUACACAGGCAGUACUUAUCAGAAUUCCUGCAGCGCCUUCAGUGCUGUCAGCCUCUUGGUAGCCUCCCUGACCAGUUUUCUUCUUGUCAUAUCAUCAAUUUUGGACGAACAUCCUAUUCUUAGUUAUGACACCGUUGUGCCAUAUUUUCUCCACUUGAUGAUGACAGUCUUAACAGUGUUCCAUGGGAUAGUUAAUUCUAGAAAUUUAUAGAAAUUUUUUUGUAGCCCUCACCUGACUGAUUUCUUUGAAUAAUGAGAUCCCUCUGAUGAUUUGGAAGCUCUCUGCGGUACAUGGCUUGUGCUGGAAGAUGUGGCUACAAAAAUGUCAGGAGAAGCCUACUAGAACAGCUGAACUUUAUUUGGGGUUGAUCAGAGGCACUUUAAUUGGUGACAGGUGUGUGCUGACUCCAAUUUAACCUGAGUUUGAAUGUUAUUGGUUAAAUCAGCCACAGCCACAUCCCCACUUAUUAAAGGGUGUGCACAUUUAUGCAACCACAUGAUCUCGGCUGUUUAUUUUUACUUCACCUCCCUGAAAGAUUUCUGUUUGUUUUUCAAUUGUGUUGUACAGGUUAUAGGUCACAUUAAAGGUGGAAGACGUGAAAUUAUUUAUCUUGGUUUAAUUUUUUUUAACAUGACAAAAACCUGGCAGUUGAACAGGGGUGUGUAGACUUUUCAUGUACACUGUAGUUCAUUCAGAGUUUUAAAUUGAUAUCUCAUCAGCCAGUCAUGGGGGAUGAAAAUGCGAAUGCAGUAUUUUAUUUGCUUUUAAAAACGCAGAAUCAUUGAUGACUUGUCUGUAAUGAUUCUUUUCAGACUGCCCUGGCACUAAGAGUGAGCAGGCAGGAAAGGCAUCACCAUGUCAGGGCUGUCCAAACCAGAAACUGUGUGCUUCUGGAGCCACCAAGGCCCCAGACCCUGGUAAGGCUGUUACAUCACCUUGGCAUAAUGAUUACUUUAUAGCAGAAAAAAGAGGAAAUUCUUCUGUUGCUGCUUCCCACAACAACUCUUAUCUACCCAUCAUCCCCUCCACCCUGUGUUGUUCCCAGCCAUUGCAGAGAUAGGAGAAAAACUUUCAAACGUCAAACACAAGAUCCUGGUGUUGUCUGGAAAAGGCGGAGUGGGGAAGAGCACCUUUAGUGCUCACCUGGCUCAUGCCCUGGCAAGUGACAUCACAAAGGAGGUAAAAAUUUUCUAUCAGUGUUGUAAACCACAAAUCCACCAACGAAGAUUUGGGAAAACAAAUCUGAUGCAGUUUGUCGAUCAGAUUUGGUCUGAACUGUUAUUUUAGCCAGAGACUAGAGACUCUCUUUUGCCAGUAGGGGUCACUGUAGAACUGGUUUAACAGAAGUUCAGGGUCAUUUACAUUACCUCGAAGACAGAUGUGUUAGUGCCAAGUGUUUGUUUGUGUUUGACUAGCUUUUUGGACCUUUAUCUAUAAAUUAGUCUUUGCAUGGGUGAUAGAUGUAAAAUAUAGCAGGUCAGAAGGAGUGAAACUUGAGUAACCAUGGUACUGAAGGUGAAGCAUAAAUUACAAUUUUAAAGGACUGAAUUUCUUUCUUGAGCAUUUAAAUGAAACAGAGGGAAAGAUGAGACUUUUUAAAGACUUCAGAUACACUACAGGCCAAAAGUUUGGAAGCAAGAUCAGAUUUGUACAAAAAAGAUCAUAGUUUCAUAUAUAUAAUUUGCAACACAAUAAACAUGACUAUUGUGUAAAGAGUAACUUAUUAGAAGACAUUUUGACUAUAAUUAUUAGGUAUUUGAGUUAUUGUUGCUUAGACUUUGCUUUCUUUAAAGUAACCUCCUCUGGCUUUAACAACAGCUUGGCAUAUACCCGACAUUUGUUCCACAAGUUUUUUUUAAGGUAUGUUCCAGGGAUUGCAUUCCAAGCUUUCUUAGGUUCAUUAAAAGGAGACUGCUGAUUUGUGGGUCGUGUUUUUCUGACCGAUUGAUCCAAUUCAUCCCGCACAAGCUCAGUUGGAGAAAGGUCUGAAGACUGAGGUCUGGGAAAGACUGAGGAAAGGUCUGGAGAAAGAUAUUUAUUACAAAAACAGAGGAUAAACAUAGCAAUGUCACCACAAAUAAGGGAGGAAAUCAACAUGACAAGGUCGAAACCCAUAUCUCUGACAACCAUGAAAUGACAUUUGAGAAUGGCUGGUCUGAAGGGUUGUGUAUCUGCAAAAAAACACUACUUCGUCCACAGAACAAGAAAAAGAGAUAUGAGUGGGAAAAAGCUCACAAAAAUUGGACUCAUGAUGACUAGAAACAAGUUUGCACUGUUUGGUUCAAAGAGUCUAUGUCCGCUGACAAACUGGUGAACGUCUGAAAGCACCAUGAUUUACACCCACAAUUCAGCAUGGAGGUGGUAGUUGCAUGGUAUGGGGAUGUUUUGCAGGUCAUAGAGUAAGAGAUUUGUUUGAAGUAAAGGGUAUCAUGAAGAAGGAACAGUACCACUCCCUCUAGCACCAUGCUGUUCCAUCUGGACUCAGACUUGUGGCUCAUAAGUUUGUUUUGCAGCAAGACAAUGAGCCUAAGCACUCUCCAAGCUCUGUCAAGGUUACCUGGACAAAAAAGAAGAGGAAGGUGUUUGUUGCGGCUUCCAAACAAACCUUUUAGCCACCGAGAAAGUAUGAGGUUGGGUCCUUAAGUUCGCAACUUUGUGACGCGCUGCGGGAGGCUAUGAUGAUUGAUAGGCUGAGAUCCAGAGAUGCUUUUGAUGCUUUUACUCAACAAACAGCACAGAGUUAUCACAGCGCAGCAAAAAUGGAUGAAUGGAAACGUGAAGAUCAGCGGAUUAAGCAGAUAAAGGGGUGAUGAAUGAAUGAGUGGGUAGCGGUAGCGAAGCACUCACAAGCGUGGCAAAGCAGCCGCGUGGCGGUCAACCAAAAUUAUGGCUACUACCCAUCCCUCAUCCCACUCUCUCAUCUGUGUCACAGGCAAGUGCACACCUUUAAACACACACUUCUGCACGUGCCCCACCCACUCCCACGUGAAUCACCGCCUCUGCAAUACACACACGCACUCAAGCACCCCGUGCUACUCAUCUUAGACUUAUAUGUCCCCUACAGUGUUUUUCAAAGAUGGUUUGGCCCCCUCAGUCUCCAGACCUUUCUCCAACUGAGCUUGUGCGGGAUUAAUUGGAUCGAUCGUUCAGAAAAAUGCGCCCCACGAUUCAGCAGUCUCCUUUUAAUGAACUUAAGAAAGCUUGGAAUGCAAUCCCUGGAACAUACCUCAAAAAAUUGUGGAAUGAAUGUCUGGUAUAUGCCAAGCUGUUGUUAAAGCCAGAGGAGGUUACUUUAAAGAAAGUAAAGUCUAAACAACAAUAACUCAAAUACCGAAUAAUUAUAGUCAAAAUGUCUUCUGAUAAGUUACUCUUUACACAAUAGUCAUGUUUAUUGUGUUGCAAAUUAUAUAUAUAUGAAACUAUGAUUUUUUUUUUUUUUGUACAAUCUGAUCUUGCUUCCAAACUUUUGGCCUGUGGUGUAUAUCUAAAGGUAAAUGGAGUAAAAUGGUGCAUUUCAAUGAAAGCAACAUCUGAUCAUGGAGUAAAUACAUCCCAAAAUGCAUAAAACUCAUGCUGGAUUUUUAAAAAAGUAUUGUGAACAAAAACUUGAAGUUACUUCCAACUGUUCGGCCUGUAAUGGCCUUGCUUCCAAACUUUUGGCCUGUAGUGUACUUCCAAGAAAAAGUCUAAAAAACAAACAAGGGUCCGUGAGGAAAAUGUUCAUUUAACUUAGCAAAUGCAUGCUCACAUAAUGUAGUACAUGCCUGUAAUAUCUGUUGUUGCCGCCUUUUAAAAAUAAGUCUAUUUUGGAUUUAGUCAUAGUGCCCCUGGAGAAAACCUUAUUGGCCACCACUGUGAUCUAUGAUUUAAAGUAACCUGAAAGCAAGAUGAAAAAAUAUUAAAAUAAAAUCAUGGCAAACAGUUGUUGAAUGAAGCAGCACUCUCACCAAAGGCUGAUGAAAAAUCUUAAAUUUGAAAAUUUUUCAAAGUUUGCACCUUGGUCUUGCCUUCCUUAGUUUUCCAUAAAUGCUGUAUCAACCAUAUCUGAUGCAAUGCAAUAAAUCAACCACACAAUAAGACAUGCAACCAAAACUAUGUCUUUACAUUUAGAGAUUACAUUUCUGGCCACCACGGCUUGUUGAUGGCAUUCAAUAAGAUUCUUAUACACUUGGCAACAGUGACUAACGAGUCUUUGCUUUUGUUAACAGGUUGCCUUGCUGGAUGUAGAUAUCUGUGGUCCGUCUGCCCCUCGAAUCAUGGGCUUAGAGGGGGAGCAGGUGGGCAGAUAUGUUUACUAUAAAACUAUGACACACUUAUUCUGAUUUGCAAAAAAUAAGCAGUAAAUAAUCUGGAAUCUGGAUGCAAAGUUUGAGGUGUACUCUGACAUACAUUACUCCUGGUUAGGGUAUCCUAUUUCCACCACAUUCACUCUCCAUCCGUUUUUUUUUUUUAUACUUCAGAACCAGUCAGUAUUCUGUUCUCCUCCUCUCUCUGUCUACACACAGGUCCACCAGAGUGGCUCAGGCUGGUCUCCUGUGGUGAGUUAGUUUACACACAUCAACUUUAAUGUUUUUGAUCAUUUGAAUGUUUCAAUUUUAUAUAUAUCUUAUACAUAGUGUUGUAACAACUCUUUUUACAUAUUAACAAAGAAAAGAGUAAUUGGUAAAUAAAAAAAUCCAGAGAGGCUUCUGAAAAAAUAUAAGCUUCAAUUUUUUGCUCAGUACCUUUUAAAAGAAAAUAACAAAUGUGCCAAGAUACUUGAAUUAGCUGAAGCUGUUGAAAGACGGGAAAAAAAUGAGUCUUUCAUUAUUGAAGCUAAGCAAACUCUUACCUUUGAGGUUUGAUGCACUGACUUCACUUUGUCCAAAAUAAAAACAUCAGUCAUUUGAACAUCAGGGAGAAAGCAAACUAUUUUCUUACAUUCAUCUUACAAAGGCACGUCUCAACAAGUAACAGUAUAAUACAAGAAUGUCAAUAUUUCCAUCAUUUGUGUAACAAAGGUUCAGUAUUCUAGACCAAACUCAAAACUGAACAUUCCAAGUAGUUUUUCAAUUUAAUUUUGGUUUUGGCCUCAAAAAUGGAAGAAAGAUUAUUUCAACAAAUGAGGAUCAUUCAUGGUGAGUUUGAGUUCAUUACCAUCCAACAGAGUAAGUUCCUCUUCGUGUAGUUCAGUACUCAAAACCACAAUCAUGAGGAAGACAAAACAGAGGGUCAGUCUCAGUUGGUCAUUGCUGAAAAUGUUGGCUGUUUACAGAGAGCUAUAUGAGAGCAUGACAAUGAAAAGGUGGUUAGAGGGGAGUGGUGUGGGAAUAAAAGGUGCAGAAGCAACUAGGAUGAGUGAAUCCUGGAGAGAAUUGGUCGAAAUUGUUGAUUCAAGAGAACUCGGAAGUGCUUUGUAAGUAAUGGACUCAGGAUGGUUUUUGUGCAUGAAGAGCUGCUCCACACAGACACCUUUUGAAAAGGGUUGAUUGUCUCAUAACCAGUGUUCAGGGAUUUGGAUUCCCUUUUCCAUCAGGACUAAGCACCUGCCCACAAUGCGAAAACUACUACAUAAUGGUUUGCAUAAUGAUUUUACUUACCUGGAUGGCCUAACUCUACUGACCUGAAGCCCAUAGAGAUUUGAGGUAUAUUUAAGAGGAGGAAGAGAAACAUUUGCUCCAUAGUUAAAGAUGAGCUGAGGGCUGCUUUUAAUAACCACAGACUGGUGACCUCUAUAGCGCACAAUACUGACGCAGUAAUUCAUGGUGAAGGACUGUAAAAAAUUGACAGAACUUCUCAGAAGUUUGACAUUUCUGUUUUUUAAUCAUGUUUUUAUAUUUAUUCUGAUGAUUUGAAAUGAUAUUUGUUUAGUUUUAUAUCUCUACACUAAAAUAAUCAAAUUAAAGCAAAUACAUCCACUUAGAUAAAAAUUAUGUGAAAGUAACUCAGUAACUAAGUUACGAGUCAAAAGGACAUUUCUUUCCCCUGUCUCCUCACUUGUUGAGGUGCACCUGUACAUAAUACAUAAACUUGUACAUAAUGAAAUGAAGCUGACUCUGAGUUGAGCGUCUUCCUGCUCUCCCACUCAUAAUGCGUGUCUGCGUUUGUUACAGUAUGUUGAGGAAAACCUGGCAGUCAUGUCCAUCGGCUUCCUGCUUGGCAGCCCUGACGAUGCCGUGAUCUGGAGAGGACCCAAAAAGAAUGGUAUCAUUUGUGUGUCUGUGUGUGUGUGUCUGUGUGUGUGUGUGUGUGUGUGUGUGUGUGUGUGUGUGUGUGUGUGUGUGUGUGUGUGUGUGUGUGUGUGUGUGUGUAAGAACUAUAUAUGUACUUUAUGAUAACUACUAUAACCAGUGCGUGUAAAUCAGGGAUGAUCAAGCAGUUUUUGAGGGAUGUUGACUGGGGUGAUCUGGAUUUCCUCAUCGUGGAUACACCCCCUGGCACCUCAGAUGAGCACCUGUCUAUUGUGCAAUACCUGAGCUCCACCCAUGUCGAUGGAGCGGUCAUCAUCACCACACCACAGGUAAAACACACAUACAUGCUGAGAUAUACAAGGCAGGGGUCUUUUAGCUCCGUAUGGCUGAACGUUUUAUCCAAAAAGGCAGGUCUUCAUUAGACAUGAAUUAGUUAUCUUGUUGUUUGUCCUCUAAAGUUGCUGUUUAUUUUGCAUUCACCAAAAUUCAACACCAUAUUUACUGAUCGCCAUAGCAGCACAGAAAAAGCAGGGGGUUCCUGAAUGCUGUCUGGCUGUAAGAGGAAGACACUUCUUGGUUGAUUUUUAGGCGUAUUAGGGGAAACAUGAAGUUAAACUUCUACUUCUGCCUAAGAAGGAGAAGAGAAAGUCAACUGAGGAAUGGUGAAAGCAGGGUUAAGCACAAACUAGUGCAUAAGUGUUGGUAAAUCCACGGCACACAGAGAGGAAUUUAUUGCUAGUGCUGGCUUAAAGCUUCUAUGAGGUGUUUUUUGACCUUUUAUUAAAUAGGCUGAAACUCACAUCAAUUCAUUUUUGUAUGGACCAUUGGUAACAUGACAGAUGAUUUUUAUUUCAUAAACUUUCAUAACUAAAUCUGUGCAAAGGGCAUUGGUGUCAGUUGAGCAGCUGGGGAAAAAGCUGUUUUAUGACUUCCACAUCAGAUGUUCUCAACAACUGAUAUACUCGACUGUCAGCAGUCAGCAAAAUGAUAUUUUUGAUCAGAACACAGUGGUUAAGGAUAUAUAAGACAACAUGAGCAAAGACUGUUUUGUCACAGGGGUGCCAAAAUCAAGAGUGGAACACUCUUCACGGGAAUUUUAACAAUAGAGACAAACACUGAAAUAACAAUGAAACCUAUCUUUCUGUGCAAAAGUUUUACUCAAACAUAAUUGAAAGCCUGUCUCCUAUUGACACCAGGCAGCAUGAAGUUAUAAAGUUAAACUAAUAGAAGCCCAAGCUGCUAAUCCAAGCCUAACAAUUAGCAGUGUAGAGCAUUUUUAGCACUCAUGGCACCUAUCAACAGACAUGGCCUUUUUUCAAACCUUGAUUUGACUGCUGCUCCUUCAGUUACAAUGACAUGUAGUUUUGCAGGUGUUUUUUUUUUUUUUUGUAAUGCUUGUGAGUAAUUAUGAUAGUAACAUAGAAACCAGAGCUGAAGGAGCAGACAAAGAAAGGAGCGUGACUCAAGACACAACUGAAAAACCUCCACUCCUGCUCUGACUGCCAACAGAUGUCCACCUACAUGUUCAACUUAGGUCAGAUGUUCACCAAAAUUACCGCGUGCUGUAGGAGUGGGUAAUUCUAGAAAUCUUCAAUCCACAUCAUGUGGUAAGAGACCGUUAUUCUGAUGAAACUAGCAUGUUACUAUUAAAGUGUCAUUCAAAAAUCGAUCACUUCUGCAAUCCUUCAAGGAUUCCAAACAGAUGUAUUUUUAUUUCUCACCAAAUAAUUUGCAGUGUUUAAAAAGACAUUUUAGCCCAUUUUAUAACUUUUGUGAAGUCUCAGUCAAGAAAAGCUACUUGCAAGACUUUUAAGGGUCUUUUAGAAAAUAUCACAUUCUUUGAGAUGUCACAUGGUUAGCUGUUCUUCUAAAAGAAUAAAAUGCAACAACACAUUUUAUUACAGGAUGAUCCGGUUUGUCUUUUGUGUACAUAAAACACAGUAAAAGCAAUAAAAAGGUUCAACAGGAACCAAAACAAAUCUUUGUGCUUUCACUGGCAUCCUCUUCUGGACAUAAAUCAAACUACAGGUACUUUAAACCUCAUUUAUUGCAGUAGAUUCACAGAUUGUAACAGGACCAAACAACCUCCAAUGUGUUUGCUCAACAAGUGCCAGUAAAUCUGUUUCCAUAGCAACCCUAUCAACUUUUAAUACACUCAAACAACAUGAAAAACACUUUUACAUCACAGUACAAAAGCAACCAUAUCAUCAACCAACACACUGUUUGGUAAACGCUUUUCACCUUUAAAGAGGUGGUCUUGUGCGUAUACAUAUAAAUCUGAAGUUAUAAAGAUGGCAACACUAAACACAGAGCAGAGCUUCAGGAACAGGUGUUGGAGUAAUCCUAGAUACCAUAAGAGCUAAUAAAGAUCUGCAUAUGAUUUGCUCAAAUCAUGAGGCUUUCGAUCGGUGAAUCUCCUUAUAUGGGCAUAAUAAACACAACCCCCACCAAACAGGAGUGUUCUGCUCUUUUUUGUCUUUUUUUGGCUCAAAGCCACAUUUGGUUAUGGUCAAUUAGUGAUCUUUUUAAUCAUAAAAACAUGAAUUUAUCACAAGGCAACAGUGGAGGAGGUUCCCAGAGUGCUGGACUCAGUGCAGGGAGACGGUAGCUGAAAUGAUGACUUUAAAACAGAAGCUGAAGUAAGGGUUUUUAAAGAAUAAGGCCUGACAUGAAGCUACUAUUAGAGCGAAAGCCUGAGCCUUGUCCGCCUCUUUGAAAACAGUCUGUUCAAUAAAUGCAUUUUAAAUAUCUGUAAUGGAAUUUCUUAGCACACUGUUGCCUUCAAUAUUGCAAAUGAGGGAGUAAAAAAAGUAAAUAAAGGAGAAUGCAGAAGUAAAAAAGAAAAUGCAGUCUUUUGACUUUCCACGAAGAGCUGACUCCAAAGUCCAAGGAAAUCGGAAUUUGAGUCCAUGUUCACAUGUCCAAUUUUACAGCCAAGUAAAUCAUGUUUACAGCCAGCCACAAAAUGUUCCUGGUCUCCAUAUCUUUAUUUGACAGAACUUAACCGGCUAACUUUUUUUAUUAUGACUCAUCUGUUAUAUAAAGGUGGAGUGUAAAAUUAGGCCUAAUCAGGGAAGAGGCUUACUUGACAUACCCACAAGCCAGUGCAAUGUACCCAACUUCCAAAACUCCAGAUUACAGAACUCCCAACAUGGCCGCCACCAUCUUUGGGCUCCAUGACAACAUUUAAAUGGUGACGUCACUGAGACUGCACCAUUUUUUUUUAAGUCUCAUGAUGUACACAUUUUAGCUAGUACACAAGCUAAAGAUAUACCAGAAAAAGACUCUACAAAAAUAGAGCCAAAAGGAGUCAAAGAAAGGAAAAUAUGUCACUAACUGGAGCCAUUCUGGAGGCUUUGAUUGUGUAAACAGUAAAUAGCACUGUGGUUUGUCAAACCCAUUUCUGUGUUCACAGUUCUUAUCCGAAUGUACAAGUUUCACCGCUUGUCAACAGGUAAUAAUUAUAUUGAUGAUAAUCAUAAUAACAAUAAUAAUAACUAGAAAAUUCCAGGGAAAUUUUGAUUUGUGCCUGCCUGCUUGCUGAUUCACUGCUGCUUGCUGCUGAUUUACUCACAUUUAGGCCAUGUUUUGGGUGGAAAUACAUGAGGGCAUUAAUGCGUUCAGGGCUACUUCCUGUUUGGGGAUGGUGGGGACAUCCAAGAUGGCUGCAGAGUGGGACAUGUCUUCAGAGUGGGGUCACGAGGGGACAUGUCAAAUAUGGUGCUGAUAUAUCAAAGCGUUGAUGAUUUAUCAUAAAUCUGACUUGAAACCGACUGACUUGAAACUCAAGGCGAUCCAACUGUCUCUGUGUUGUGGUGUCUGGAAGACAGCUGUCAAUCAAGACCAGGUGGGCAGGCCCUGUGCUCUGAGUGGGGAUCAUCUCCAUGGUGACAGUAAAGACAACCUGCAGCUCACCUGUGACACAGACAUUGGCUGUGUCAGAAAUGAAUCACGCAAUCCCUUUGCCAGCUUUGCUCAACUUGGCAGGCACAUAGUAGUAGUAGUAGUAGUAGUAGUAGUAGUAGUAGUGGUAGUAAUAGUAAUAUUAAUAAUAAUAGCAAUAACAACAACAAUAAUAAUAAGGAAGUUACAAAGUGCUUCACAACAUGAAAGUAGAAAAGAGGACAAACUGCACACAUCAGUACCAUUUCCGAAACAGUCUUUAGAACUGUAGUGAAAAGUCAGAUGAGACGAUAAACUGCAUGUCACCAUCAGUAUCAAUAAGCUAUCAUGUAUUUAGGGUCUAACAUGAUAACUUACCCACCCACUGUAGUUUGUGAAAAAGUGAAUAUCUUUUCUCUUACCAUGAUCGAUAAAUGUCACCAUGUUCUUGUUCUUUUAUGCUUUAUUUAAGCAUGCUUAAGUAGUCUAAGUAGUGCAUACUACACUUGAGGCACAAACAUUUCCUGAUUCCUAAUAUAGACUGGGACUCAUGAGGUCAGACAGCAGAAGAAUCACUUCCUCUUUCCCCCAGCUCUCACUUUACCAAACUCAACCACACACAAACUGGGAAGUACAAAAACGAAAGAUCCGGUCUGGCUGAUAUCACAUUGUUUUGGUUUUGUUGUCUGUUACCAGAUAUUUAGACCGGGGAGUUGUUCUCCCCCAAGGAACAAGAUCACAGCUGUGUGAGAAAAGAGCUCAGGCCAACCCUUUUUCUUUCACUUUAACCCAUACUUUCUCUUUUGUUCUGCCCUCUUCGUCCAUCUCCCCUUAUUGUGGAUUUCUCUGUCUUUAUUCAUUAUUUUCUUAUGCUUAUUUGCACUGGGAUAAAUAUGCAAGCAGACGCCACAUAACACAGUAUUCCUAACGUGAGUAGUUGGCUAUACUUGUCUCUGGAUUGGCCUCAAAGAUACAGAAAUAAAACAACCAAAAAGUUCAAAAGUAGAUAAACAAGUAAUCACAGAGCAAAAAUGCAGGAUGGAAACUACCAGGCAAUAAAAGGCAGUAAAACAGGAACAUCAGGUUAUACAUGUUCACUCUCUGAACCUCCGAAAAACUGUGUCAGUUUCAAAUAAUUAUAGUUAACAUCAACACAAGCUUUUUUGGUCAGGGUUAUCUUUACCUACAAUGGGAAUAAGUUACAUUUUAUUUGCAAGCUAAAAUAGGAGGCGUGCUGAACUCCCCCUGAAUGUGUGUGAGACUUUGUGUUUGUCUUCCUCUCUCUGCAGGAGGUGUCUCUGCAGGAUGUGAGAAAGGAGAUCAGGUUCUGUCAGAAGGUCAAGCUGCCCAUCAUCGGUGUGGUGGAGAACAUGAGCGGCUUUGUGUGUCCAAAAUGCAAGGUAUGCAGUGGUGUACACACACACAAACACACACGCACAACCAGAUGCAUAUAUGUUCAGUCAAACAUGGCCCAGUGCACAGAGUGGGCGUAGAUGUAUGAUUCCAGUAAGCUGUGUUUGUCAUAUCUAUUUAAAUCAUAGGGAAAAGCUCAGGUACAAUUUGAUGAGAAUUGGACAGCUGUUUAGGUUCCAAGUUAAUAUAUUCAACAGGAAAGUAGCAAACUAAUCAAUUAGUUAUGAAUUUCUGUUGUUAUCAAAGUAGACAGCUGUUAAUCUGCUCUGGACUUCAAUCUAAUUUUAAUAUAUAUAGCAGUGUCAGCAUCCACAAGAGUUUAGUGUGAAGAUGCUCGUUAAUUCUAAACAGUUGGUGUAAAUGUCCCUCUGAUGGUUUGUAGAUUGUUUUUUUAACAAUAAGGCUGUUUUAUUUGUUUUAAAUGAAGACAAAAUGAACGGUUUCAGUUCAUGCAAACAACACUUGAGCACAGAAGCAUUAAACUCUUUGUGCUUUGUGAAUUAUAUGAUGUCUUCUUGGGUAGAUUUAGUGGAUUAGGCCCCAGUCAUGUAUAAGUGAGGUUGUUUUGUUAUCCAGACUGCAUUUCUGGCAUUCUUGGUCAGGUCCCUGUGGAAUAAGAGACCUCUGAUCUCAGUGGGACUAACCUUACUAAAUACUAGAUAGGAGGUGUGUGAGCAAGUUGUUUCAGGCGCCCAAAGCCCAAAGCCUGGGGAAUUCCUGCUGCAAUACAACAGGAUUUUCUGUUUGUCCUUUACACAUAAAAGCCAUUAGUUAUAGACAAAAUAUUGAAUGCAAUUGUUACCUCUUCUUGUUUUCAAAGACUCUUUUUCAUUCUGUUGUGCUCACUAGAAACAGCCACAUCUGUACACAGUAGAGAUCUCUUUCGAUGUAACUUGUAGCUAUUGCACAUGAAGUGGAAGUGUUUUUUACAAUAUGUAUUGUGUCCUCUGUCCCCAUCUGUGUGACAUAAAUGGAUGAGACCAAGCAAGUGGAACCAGCUGCAUUUUCAUUAUUUAUGAGCUUGGCAUAAAUAUAGAAUAUCAUGAACAGUCUUUGAGUUUGAUAAUGCAUGUAUUACAAUGAUUUUUGUCUGUCUUCUGUCAUAUAGAACACGUCACAGAUCUUCCCUCCCACCAGCGGGGGCGCUGAGAAAAUGUGUCAAGAUUUAAAUCUACGGCUUUUAGGAAAGGUACCUCUGGACCCCAGGAUCGCACAGAGCUGUGACGAGGGGAGGUCUUUCCUCAGUGAAGUACCUGACUCUCCUGCUGCUCAGGUCUACCUGAGGAUUGUGCAGAGUGAGUGUUUGCAGAAAUACAAACACACACACACAAUCCCACGCCCUCAAGUCACUGUUUUGUCUUCUUUCAUCACCAUCAUCACUCUGAGCAUCGUCAUCAUCAGGCUGACUUUGUAACUAUUAUUUUCCAAUUUAAGGAAGUUAGACGCACAUCCCGGCUUCCAGUGAAGUCCCCUCUGAUUUUUGAUGACUACAUGUUUUACUUUAUAUCUCAAUUCUCCAUUAAAUGUAUUGAAAGAAGAAGUGAUCACCCUACAAAGUGGAAGCAGAGUGUAAAAAAGAGGAAGAACCAUGGAUCGAAAUUCGAUGUAGCAUGAGAUUAAAGUUGAAGGAUCAAAUGUGGUUUGUGUAUCAGAUGAUUGACUGACGGCUAUACAGGGACAUAAUGAAAAACUCAAUCACAAUCACAACUUUUGCCUCCAUCAUUAACUUAAUACCCUUCUCUUCUUCCCCCCACAGGUAUUCAAGAAUACUGCUCCAUGGAGCAGAGCAACACCUGAACCAGCUUUGAUGAUGUGAGACAGGCUAGAUGAGGAGAGCCUGAUAGAAAUGAGAAAUGCACAAAGGAAAGUCAGUGGGCUGCUUUCCACUGAGAUGGUCAGACCUUGCAGUGCAGGGCUGACGGUCAUGAUAUUUUCAAGGUUUUGUAUAUUCAACUUGGUGUACUGAUAGCUUUAUUGUAAGAUCACCAGAACAAGAUGUGCUUUACAAAGAAAUUAAUAUAGAGAUUUCCCAAAGAAUGGUGAGGUAAAAGUGAUGAUGAUGCAAUGUUAAAACAUAACUUCAGACUCUGGCUCUUUGUGAGGGCUUUAUAGCACUUUUGUGUUGUUAUAUUUCUGACCUCUCAAACAUACGGGGGCAACUCAAAAAGUUAGAAUGUCCUGAAAAAGUUCAUUUUUUCCUACAAAUGAAUUUAAGAAGUUAAAGGUGAUUAUGACAGUUCAAGCAAAAAACAGUCUUCAAAUGUUUCACGUCAGUUUUGAUGGACCUAGAAUAUGUGCAAGUGUCUGUCUUUGAAUUUGAUCAUCUGGCCAAAACUACCAAUAAAGUCCACAUAUUAUACAUAUACUGUCUGCAUGAAGAAGCCUAGAUGUGGGUCAGGUCAAGAAUACAAAUCUGUUCAUACAGUAGUGGGGUGUGGAAGAGUUAUUGACUCAUACUGUCUAAACUGCUUUUGACACUUGACGAGCUGAAAAAGUGGGGCACUAAUUUAACUUGGUGGUGAAAUUGCACAGUCCCAGAGCAUCGACAAGAGUCCUGGCUGCAGCGGUGGCUGGUUGGACUUCGAGCCACAACUGUGGUGCAUGUCCUUCCCCUCUCUCUAUACCACACAUUUCCUUUCCUCUCAGCUGAAUAAUUCAAUACGGACAAAAACACCCCAAAACUAUUUCAGAGAAAAACUUGGCAAUGGAUCGUAUUAAUCUGGCUGAUACAAAAUUAGUUUUUAAUAUUGUUUUGCUCCCCUCAAGCACCCUUCCUCUAGGUCAAAAUGGCUCCAACAGGUGUGUGAAAUGUCCAAGAAGACAACAAUGUUGAGAUAAUUUUAGAAAAUAUUUCAAAUAUAAGUGGCCAGCUAACUCUGCAUUUCUGACAGGUUGAAACUUAGUUAAUGACAUAUAAUUCAGAUUUUAUAGAUUUGUAUUUUGUUGUAACUUGUGGGGGAAAAAAAAUAUAUUCUUUUGAGGCUUCGAUAAUGUACUAAAACUAUUUUGUACAAUAAAGGAGUUAUGGUGACCUUGUC